AUGGCAAAACGUUUUGAACGUCAGUUAGAUAAAGCCACCGAUUCCACACUAAUUGAUCCUAAUUGGGAUGCUAUUAUGGAAUGUGUUGAUUUGAUACGUGGUGGAGAAGUACCUGUGAAAGCCGCUGCUGUUGCUAUCAAGAAAAGAUAUCAUAAUGAAAACCCGCAUGUCGCUCAUCACGCGCUACUUGUUCUAGAAGCAUGCAUGAAAAACUGUGGUGUUAAGUUUCAUGCAGAAAUUGCAACUAAGGACUUUAUGGAAGAUUUGAAAAAUCUUUCCCUUGAAUCAACGCCAGAUAAGGUGAGUAGUGAUUUGACAUAG